AUGCGAAUCGAGGGCCCUUAUACCCUGAAUGAGGUCGGCGUCUCUGAGGAAGGGUUGAUGCGGCAGGUCAAGGUUAAUAUGGUGCUGCUUAUGGGGCUUGAGAAGAGAAAUCAACGCAUUCCCGACUGGAGAGAUCCCGAAACUAGCGGCAAUAUCAGCGGUACGGAGGGCAACGAGAUGCGGGGUCAGGUUGUGAAUCAUCUUCAACUCUCGUUAAUGCUCGCGGCGAACCUUUCAGGAGGCCCUAUGAUUAAUGGUGCAAACACAAACACGUUCUUUCCGAAGACGCUCGCCACAAUGCCAACUGUUCCUUAG